AUGUCCGACCCCGACCCCUCCAAGACACCCCCCGAAACAUGCCCCCUCUGCCCCCCCUCCGGCCCUCCCCAGCCCCCGCCCCCAGCCGCCGACGACCUCUCCGCCUCCCCCUCGGCAGAAGUCGACCUCGUCUGGAUCGCGUGCAACAAGUGUGACGCGUGGUAUCAUUCGGCGUGUUUGUUUUUGAGUGGGGGGCAGUGGAUGGAGACUGUGCCAAGCCGGGUAAAAGAGGAGGUGGGGGUGUUUGGGGAGAGGGGGCCGUGGGCGAAUUGGGUGGAUUGGAUUGGAAAGUGGUAUUGUGCACCGUGUAUAUCAAAGUCUACCGACCCUUCCAACCCCCGCCCACCUCGGAACGCUCUACAUGCCACGUUGAAACGGAGUGGUAUCCAGCCAAAAGAUGUCGAACUCGCGUCCCGGCCUCUCAAACGCGCCGCUUCUUUGCAUGACAUCAAACCGCUCACCAAGAAGGCCCGGACUAGCACGAGCACGAGCGUGGGUGGGAAGGCGGAAUCGAUCUCGACGAGGGCGACAAGGACGCCAGAGACUGUUAUCAGCGGGGUACAUGGAGGCAGCGAAGUAACCGGCGCGGGUGAGGCCGUCGGGCAAGGACGGCCAAAAAGAAAAGCAGCACAAGUGACGGAUUACAACAACUUGCACAACUCUAUCGCUACGCCCACAGCCAAGUGGUUGCAGAUCAUCGCCAACCCUGAAGAGUAUGGCCGGACUAUCCUGGAUGCGGACUACCCAACACUGCCAGGCCAUCUAUUAACAAAAGAAUGGCUCGAAUCCCUCCCCCCUCCGACCCCUCAAAACCCAAUCCCCCAAGCCCCACCCAACAUCCCCUCCCCCAGUAUAUUCCACGGCCCCGACAGAACACCCCUCAUCAUCCGUCCCUCCGACGGCGGCUUCUCUUCCCUCGGCGGUCACUUGCCUUCCUCCAUCACUGUCAGAGAUAUCGCCCGGCUCGUCGGGCCGGAAAAGCUGGUGGAUGUGAUUGAUGUGGCGUCGCAGCAGUCGGCUUCUUGGCCGCUCGAAGCUUGGGCAGAGUACCUUGCGCCGCCAGAGACGGAGGAGGGGGUGAAAGAGAGGGAGAAGGAGAGGCGGAAAGUGUAUAAUAUCAUCUCGCUGGAGAUUAGUGAUACGGAGCUUGCAAAACUUGUGAAGCCGCCCAGGAUUGUUAGGGAGAUUGAUUGGGUGGACAACUUUUGGGACUUUGGCCUGGGGAAGAAGGCGAAAGGGAAGGGGAAGGCAAAGGCGCAGGCGCAGGCGGUCAAGGUGGAGGAUGGGGAUGGGAUGGGGAGGGAGGAGGAGGAUGAUAUUGCUAAUGCCAAACGAAACUCCACUGUGGACUAUCCGAAAGUCCAGCUUUACUGCCUUAUGGGCAUGAAAGGCGCCUGGACAGAUUGGCACGUCGACUUUGCUGCCUCCUCCGUCUAUUAUACGAUCCAUUCAGGAGCCAAAGUGUUCUUCUUUAUCAAGCCGACUGAAGCCAACCUCAAGGCUUAUGCUAAAUGGUCGGGAAGUUAUGAAGAACAGUCGAAUACCUGGUUGGGCGAUUGGGUGGAUCAUGUUUAUCGGGUAGAGUUGCGGGCUGGGGAUACCAUGAUAAUACCAACGGGGUAUAUACAUGCGGUGUAUACGCCAGUGGAUACGAUCGUGUUUGGAGGCAACUUUUUGCAUUCUUAUAAUCUUGAUACUCAAUUGCAAUUGAGACAGAUUGAGAUUGAUACGAAAGUACCGCAGAGGUUUAGGUUUCCAAACUUUGAUCGGUUGUGUUGGUAUGUCGCUAUCAAACACCUGAACCUCUUCCGCUCCCUCCACCCCCUCCGCCCACCCACUUCUUCCUCCUCUUCCUCCCCCUCAACACCCCCGCCAAAAGUCCCCCAUCACACCAUCCUCCAAAACCUCCUCCACCUCACUUCCUUUCUCAACCUGCAGAUCAAGAAACUUAGAGAUGAUGGACCAGGGGGGGUUACGGAGAAGACGAGGAAGGCUAUUUGGGAUAGAAUACCGCCCGAGUUCAGGAUGGGUGGGGAGGCGGGGAUGGCGGAGGGGUUGGUGAGGGAGUUGGGGUGGAGAGUGGCUGAUGAGCUAGACGCUCUUGGACUUGGGUCUGGGGGGUUUGCGCCGCGGAUUACUGGGAGUGUGACGCCUCGAGUUGAAAUCAGAGACGAUAAGAGCAAAAAGAAGGAGAAGGAGAAGAAGUCGAACAGGGUAGCCAAGGUGUUUGAUCAUGAGCCCGCUUCGCGAACAUGGCAUUUCGACCCACCGCCAUGGCAAGAAUCGACUUCUAUCCCACAUACCGAAACCCGCCUCGUCCCCCUUCCCCUCCCCACUCCCCUUCCCCUGCCCAGCUCCGCCAACGGCAACGCAGCAAAAACAUACUACGACCCAACGCCGUACCUGGCCGAACAAACGUCCUCGGUAGUAGCGCAGAGCCGGGUGAGGGUGAGGCAGAUGGAAGGAGGGGUUGUGGUGGAGGAGAAGCAGGCGACGGAGUUUAGGGAGUGGAAGACUGUUUGGGGGCGGGGUGGGGCUGGUGGGAUGGGAAAUGGGGGAGGGAUGGGGGGUGGGGCUGGGAGUGGGAGUGGGAUCACAGGUCCACAGGGAGUAUGGGGGUGGGGCGGUCAUGGGGCUGGUGGACAUGCUGGACAUGCUGGGCAUCCGGGGCAUCCGGGGCAUCUUGGGAGAUAG